AUGCAAGGCCGCUCCAAAACAGAGAUGGCUGACAUUGUGCCGUCCGUGAAGAAAGGAGGCGUCAGCGGACACUCCGUCUUCAAGCACAAGCUCGUCGUCGCGCUUGUUGGGCUGCCAGCCCGAGGAAAGACGUACAUUGCAACCAAGCUUGCGUACUACCUCAACUGGAUCAUGGUUCCCACGCGCGUGUUUAAUUUGGGCGAGUAUCGACGCCGCAAGCUCGGCCCUGAAUCGCCCGCCCAGUUCUUCCACCCAGACAACUUCGAGGGCGUGCGCCAACGAAAGGUCCUCGCUCGCCAAGCGAUUGAAGACGUCCUGCAAUAUCUUCGCAAUGACGGCGGCGUUGCGAUCUUUGAUGCCACCAACAGCACCCGCGAGCGCCGCAUGUGGCUGCAGCGCAUCCUCAACAAGGCCGGCGUCAGGGUUGUAUUUGUGGAGUCCGUGUGCGAUGAUGACCAGCAGAUCCGCAACAACAUCAUGGAUGUAAAGGUGCGGCUGCCAGAUUACGGCGCCCUCAGCGUUGACGCCGCUGUUGCUGACUUUGAGGAGCGCAUCAAGUACUACCGCAUGCGCUACGAGCCGCUGUCCUCCGAGCAGGACGCCGACUGCAGUUUCAUCAAACUCGUCGACGUCGGACGAUCUGUCCUCCUCCACCGCGUUCAGGGCUACCUGCAGAUGCGCAUCGCAAGAUUCCUGAUGAGCCUGCACAUCAAACCGCGCCACAUCUAUAUCACCCGCCACGGCGAAAGCGAAUUCAACACAGUUGGCAAAAUUGGCGGCGAUUCGUCCCUGUCACCACGCGGAAUGGAAUACGCGCAGCGCCUCAAGCAGUUCAUGGACGAGCAAGAGCUGCCCAACUUGCGUGUGUGGUGCUCCUCCCUCAAGCGCACCAUCCAGACCGCCCAGAACUUUGACGACGUGGAGUCGUGGAAAGCGCUGGAUGAGCUUGAUGCAGGCCUCUGCGAUGAGCUCACGUACAAGGAGGUCGAGGAGCAAUUCCCCGACGUGUAUCGGGAUCGGGCCACAGACAAGUACUGGACCCGCUACCCAAGGGGCGAGUCGUAUGCGGAUGUGGUGCAGCGGCUGGAACCGCGCAUCCUCGACCUUGAACAGGCGCAGGAGAAUGUGCUGGUUGUGUGCCACCAGGCCGUUGCGCGCUGCCUGCUUUCGUACUUCCAGCAGAAGUCUGACCUUGCAUCUCAGCUACCGUACAUCAAGGUGGACCUGCACACGGUGUUCAAGAUCACCCCCAUCCCCUACGGCAACCUCAUUGAGGUCUUCCCGCUGGGCAUUGACGCCGUGUCCACAUAUGUCCCGCGCAUCCCAACGGCGCUGCUCGACAGCCCGGCCAUCAGCACGGGUGGUCGUGGCGAUGAUGGUGGCGAGCCGGCGCGAUCAGCGUCCUCGUCGUCCCUGCAGAUGAAGCCCUCACAGGUGAUUGUGGUGUCGCCGGCGGAGUCUGCGCACAUGAUGCACCACGUCAACCCCGACUCGCCCGUGGACAUUGACAAGCUCUUCUUUGGCGAUGACAUGGAGAAGGAGAUUGAGAGUGCCAAGAUGAAGUCCACCACAGACAGCGAUGGGUUUGAGUCUGCGUCCACGCUCGUCAGCACGCACGCGUCGCAAACGCCGUCGCAAACGGCAUCACACCGCCCCUCGCAGCAGCUGGCGGCGGAGUCGGUGCUGGCUGGCCGCUACAGCCCACGCGCCACCGACGCGCAGAAGGGCGGUGCUGAUGAUGAUGGUGGUGAUGCUGAUGAUGUGGACGAGGAUGAGGACAGCCCGCUGACGCUGAAGCUUCGUCAAGGCAAGGAGUGA